UGUGGAUGGACAAGUGGAGUCCCAGGGUCACGAAGCGAGUCUGGCUAGGCCGGGGUCCCCCAGAAUAGAGUGGGGAGAAAGGGACCUCGUAAGACGGGGAGCUGCUGCACUGCAGGCGGGUACGCAAUGUGGGGAGACAGCCCGGCCGGCCUGUCGGAGGCUCGGCCAGCGCGGGGUGAGCCGGCGACCCAGCGCCCCAAGGCGACGCAGCAAGAGGAGAGCGGCCCCUUUAAGAAACCCGGCUCUGCGCGGCCUCCUUCCACGGCGCGCGUGGAUCGGGCGGGCCCGGCCUGUGAGUGGCAGGGAUGGCAGCCAAUAGUAGGGGGCGGGGGCGGGGCCGGGCGCGGCCGCGGGCUUCCCAGGCCCUGGAGGUGAACUGCUGGGGUUUAGGGCUCGCUGCGGGAGACGCCUCUUAAAGGGGCCGCGACCCCGGGCUCCUGUCGGGCGCAGGGAAGGCGGCCAGAGAUGAGGGCUGGAAAGGUGAGAGGGUCCCGGGGUGCGGAUGGGUGGGAGGGAGGCAGGUUCCCUGGGAAUUAGGGGGUGAGGGCGGAGUCCACACUCACCUCCCCCCCCCCCCCGCCCCCGGUGGGUGUGAGCGGCGAGGGGCGGCAGAACUGGGCACUAAUUCUGCAGGGCAUUGGACUCACCUGAUGGGUACUUGCCGACAGACACCUGCAGCCCCUCUCCGCGUUAGAACUCCGACAAGCCCUCUGCCCCGCUGGAAAAACGGAGGCUUCCCCCACCCCAGCUCCCACCCGAUGUAGAGUCCUCCAGUGGGGGGUCGGGGGUCCCGGGUCCUAGUUCCAGCCUCGAUCGGGGCCUGUGGCAACGCCCUGCCCCCCGGCAGCACAAUAAUGAAGUAGGCCAGAGCUGGACACUUGUAACCAAAGCGGGGAUCAGGAAUUGCUGGUUCCAGGAGCCGCAGCGCUGCCUCUCCGCCUUACUCUUUCUCUGCGUCUUGUGGUUCUUAACGAUAAAUGAUACACGAGGGGUGGGUGGAGCUGGGGCCCUGCUCCCGCGGGGUGGCUCUGCCUGUCUCUGGGGGCCUGGUGUGUAAAAUGUUCAGCACGGUGAACACUUGGCUGUUAUCAUUGGGUUAGAGCUGGGGCUGGGGGGCGGGGAUCUUUCCCAGGACGCGGGAUGAGGCUGGGGGCCUGGACCUGGCAGCCCCCAAAGGGGCUCAAAGUGGAGUCGUGACGAGUCAAGCCGAGGCUCCUCCCCCUCAGGAAUUAGUUGAUAGCCUUUUGGACCCCAGCCCUGCAGCGAGCGACAGCCCAGGCAACCAAUCAGGUGCGGGGACGGCUUCGGGCAGGGCUCCCAUUGGCCCGCUCCGCCCCUCCAGGGACAGAAGGGACCCUUAAAUAAGUGCCUGCUGUUCGGCUCCAAGCAGAGCUUCCAGGAACCCUGCACCGUGAGCUAGAGGAAUGAGGUUCAGGGAGGGCCAGGGGUUGCGCGCAGCCACACAGUGCGUCUCAGCCGGACCCUCCGUCGUGUGCUCUGUGCAUUCCCACCAUGGCCUUCUGGACACAGCUAAUGCUGCUGCUUUGGAAAAAUGUCCUGUAUCGCAGGAGACAGCCGAUCCAGCUCUUGGUGGAGUUGCUGGGGCCUCUGUUUCUCUUCUUCAACCUGGGUGCCACUCUAACCCGACUGGAGCAACAUGAGUGCCACUUCCCCAACAAGCCGCUGCCCUCGGCCGGCACCCUACGGCUCCAGGGUCUCAUCUGCAGCAUGAACGACACCUGCUUCCCGCAAUCCGCGCCCGCCGAGCAGCCAGGUGUCCUCAGCAACUUCAAGGACACCCUCGUCCUCUGGCUCCUGGCAGAUGCCCACACCAUCCUUGGGGGUGGGGGACGAGCCCACAGGAUGCUGGCCAGCCUGGGAAAGCUAAUGCCAAUGUUGAGAGCGGCGGGCGGGGCAGCCCGGCCUCAGCCAAGCAACCGGCUGCGGGACCGCCUGCCCCUGACCACUAAGCUACUAGGGACACUGCUUCGCCAGCAAUCCCUGGGGUCUGGGCUGGACCAAACCCUGGAGUCCAUGAGGAGCUUCCUGGAGGCAGCAGAGAACGUGGCCCAGGAGCUCCUGGCACUGCCCGGCCUGGUGGAGCUGUGGGCGCUGCUGCAGAGACCUCAGGGGACUAGCCGGCCCCUGGAGGCCGUGUCAGAAGUCCUCUGCGGUGCCAAGGGCCCUGGCGUCCUAGGGGGGCCCUCCCUCGACUGGUAUGAGGCCACCCACCUGAAGGAGUUGGUGGGGCAGGAGCCCGCCCCAGGCCUGCCCGACAGCAGCCUGAGCCCUGCCUGUGCUGAGCUGAUGGGGUCGCUGGAAACCCACCCACUGUCCCUCCUCCUCUGGAGGCGCCUGAAGCUGCUAGUCCUGGGGAAAGGCUUCACCAGGCGGCUCAUGGCCCAGGGGAACCGGACCUUCUAGAAGCUGGCUCUACUGAAGGGCCUCCAGGAGGCGUGUGUGCUGGGACCCCAGCUCUUCAACUACUUGAACGACAGUACAAAUGCGGCCUGUGGCAGGUUAGGCCAGGUCGGAGGACAGCAGGUUCAUCCAGGGCCUCCCUGGGCACAUCAUCCCUGCCCAGGAUGUGGGGGCGAGUGUGCAGGCGGCUUGUGGAAUCCAGGGGAGCUCAGGGAGGGGGACCCAACUUGGAGCAGUGCGCCAUUCCAAGGAAAGGCUGAGGAGGGCUACAGCUUGGCCCUGCAGAAAUCUGAUGGCCGAGCUGGGCCGCGCCCUGGUGUCCCCGAGGAAGAAGCGCCACCUGGCCCUGAGGUUCAGGGGAGGAUCCGGGCACCCAGGACCCACACCCAGGCCCUUCCUCAGUGUGUGACCCUGGACAAGCUGGAGGCGGCACCCUCAGAGGCAGCCCUGAUGGCGCGGGCCCUGGAGUUGCUCGCGGAGCACCACUUCUGGGCCGGCAUCGUCUUCUGGAACUUUGGACCCCGCACAGCCUCUACCCGCAGCAGACACCCUCCCCGUGCUACGCGGAUGACGCGUGAGCGCCCCCUCCCUGCGCAUCCACCCCCCUUCCGCCGCCAGAUCUCGGCUCGGGCUCCCUUUGGAACAUUCACGCGGUCGAGGCUGCGAGCCACUGGUUUGGAAGGACCACUCCCUGUGACCUGUAGCGGGAGGAACCGGGAUCCCGGAGGGGCUGGGGUCCCCGGGGGCAGGGAGAACGCGGCCUGUGAAGACAGCUGGGAUCCUAAGGCUGGAACAGGGGUCAGGGGACAUCCGGGGCCCAGCUGCGCCUUUGGAUCUCCAGUGCCCGUGGGGGCUGCUCGGGGCCUCUGGCCUCCACCGCAGCCACGCCCCUGCCUCAGGGUCCUGCGUGUACAGAACCGGUCGCUGCCGCUUUUCCUGACCUGGAUCCACUCCGUGGCGCCGGUGGUGAAGGCCGUGGUGCGAGGGAAGGAAAGGAGGCUGCGCCACACGAUGCAGGCCCUGGGGCUCGGCAGCGCGGUGCUGUGGCUCGGCUGGUUCCUCAGCUGCCACUCGCCCUUCCUCGGCAGCACGGCGCUGCUCGUGCUGGUGCCCAAGCUCGGAGACAUCCUCCCCCAUAGCUACCCGGCCGUGGUCUUCUUGUUCUUGGCGGCUUUCGCCGUGGCCACCGUGGUCCAGAGCUUCCUUCUGAGCGCCCGCUUCCCCCGCGCCAACCUGGCGGCGGCGUGAGGCCUGGCCUACUUCGUGCUCUGUCCGCCCUACGUGCUGUGCGUGGCCUGGCGAGACCGGCUGCCUGCGGGUGGUCGUCCCCACCGCAGUCUUCUGUCGCCUGUGGCCUCUGGGUUCGGCUGCGAGAGCCUGGCGCUGCCGAAGGAGCAGGGUGAAGGCGCCCAGUGGCACAGGGCGGGCACCGGGCCCACCCCUGGCGUCUUCAGCCCGGCCCAGGUCUCUGGAAUCCUGCUGCUCGACGCUGUGCUCUAUGGCCUCGCCACUUGGUACCUAGAGGCCAUCUCCCAGGUUGGAGCACCGCUCCUCCCAGGCCAGUAUGGGAUCCCCAAACCGUGGAACUUUCCCUUUCGGAGAAGCUAUUGGUUUGGACCUCGUUCUCCCAAGGGCUCCACCCCGCCUCCCACCCCGAAGGACCCAGAGGUGCCGACAGAAGAGGUCCCACCCGGCUGGAUUCCUGGGGUCUCCGUACGGGGCCUGGAGAAAUGCUUUCCUGGCAACCCCCAGCCAGCCCUGCGUGGGCUCAGCCUGGACUUCUGCCAGGGCCAGAUCACCACCUUGCUGGGCCACAACGGAGACGGCAAGGCCACCAUGCUGUCCCUACUGUGCGGCCUCUUUCCACCCACUGGUGGCUCUGCCCGCAUCCUGGGCCACGAUGUCCAGUCCAGAAUGGAAGCCGUCGGGUCCCACCCGGGCGCCUGCCCGCAAUACAACGUGCUGUCUGACGUGCUGACCUUGGAGGAGCACAUCUGGCGGUCGAAGGGCCUGAGUGCAGGAGCUGUGAGCCCCGAGGAGGCCCGUCUACUGCAGGACGUGGGGCUUGUCCCCACGCGUUGUGCGCAGACCCGCCGCCUCUCUGGUGGGACGCAGCAGAAGCUUUCAGUGGCCAUCACCUUUGUGGGCGGCUCCCAGGUUGUCAUUCCGGAUGAACCCACGGCUGGUGUCGACCCUGCUUCCCGCUGCAGCAUCUGGGAGCUGCUGCUCAAAUACCGAGAAGGUCUUCCGAAGGUGGUAGAGGCUUGCGCUGCAGACGUGGACCCAGAGGACGCGGCCACAGAGUUAGACUUGACUUUACGACCCUCGGCUGAACGGGGACCCUCAAACCUGAACGCACCCCUGAUGGCCCCACAGAUCACCAGCCGCAAGCGGCACCUGGGCGCGGGCCUCGCUCCCCCAGACGUGACCUCACGGCUCAAGGUUCUGCCGGAAGAGUCGGCCCUGGAGAACGGGGAGCUAGCGACGUCUGCCCCGGAAACACGGGUCCUGCAGGGCUUCGGGCCAGACCCCGCGGGCCGGGGACACGGCUGGGCGCUGACCCGCCAGCAGCUCCGGGGCCUGCUUCUCAAGCGCUUUCUGCUUGCCUGCCGUGGCCGCCGUGGCCCGUUUACGCAGGUGAGGGGGAGCGGGCGCCAGAGGAGGGCGCGCGGGCAGCCCUGGGUGCCUGUUUUCUACUCCCGUCACCCACGCAGCGGUGAACCCGAGAAGUCUCCCCCAAGCAGGAGCAGGAAGGGUCCCGGGCAGCCCAGGGGGUGCGCAGGGAGGGCAGCUGCUGGGCCCGUCCUGCAGAUGGUUCUGCCUGUCCUCUUUGUGGGCCCGGUGCCGGCGCUCAGUCUCCUCGCGCCUCCUGACGGGUCGGAACCUGUCCCGACUUCCUGGUCAAGACCCACCCCCGCCUGGUGCGCCAGGGGCCAGCGGCCACCUGCACGCGUUCAGUUUGCCCAGAGGAGGGGGCCGGCGCUCCGGACGGCUCUCCGUGCCCCCCCACGCCCCCACCCCCUGCAUCUCCCGCAGCCUGAAGACCAAGAAGUGGGUGAACGAGGUCAGGUGAGGAGGGCCGUUCCCGCGCCCCCUGCCCACCCGCUAGGAGGCUUUCCUGCCCCGCCCUCCCUGAGCCCACUGCCCCGCAGGUAUGGGGGCUUCUCCCUGGGGGGCCGAGACCCAGGCCUGCCCUCAGGGCAAGAGGUGAGCCACUCAGGGUGGGGGCUGCCGGUGCUGCUGAACCCCCGACCCGGCGGGGCCCUCGACCGUGUCCUGAGCAACCCCACAGCCUGGGCUCACGGCCCGGACACCGAGGACAGCCUCAAAAUCUGGUUCAACAACACCGUGGUGGCCUUCAUCGACAGGGCCAACGAUGCGCUCCUACAUGCCCACCUGCCCCCAGGCCCUGCCCGCCACGCCCACAGCAUCACCACGCUCAGCCACCCCGAGGCUGCGCUGACGCAUGGAUCCUUGACGGCCGCCUCGGUGGACGUGCCCGUCUCCAUCUGCGCGGUCUUCGCCGUGUCUUUCGUCCCCGCCGGCGUCACCCUUGUUCUCAUCGAGGAGUGGCCUCUGCAGUUUAUGGGGGGCCCGCCUCCCACUCUUCACUGGCUCAGCAACUUUCUCUGGGACGUGGUGCGGGGAGUGCUUUGGAACUACCUGGUGCCAGCGUGCGUGGCGGCGCUCACCUUUCUGGCUUUCCAGCAGAGGGCGUAGGUGGCUCCCGCCAACCCGCCUGCCCUCCUGCUGCUGUUACUGCUCUGUGGGUGAGGCCUCCGCCCCCCUCGGAGCCCGUUCUUUCGUGUGCCCGGCACGGCCUGUGUGGUGCUCACCUGUGUCAACCUCUUCGUCGGCAUCAACGGCGGCACGGCCACCUUCGUGCUCCAACACUUGUCUGGUCGGAAGCUGCAGGAAAUGAGCCGCAUCCGGAAAAGGGGCUUCCUGGUGUUCCCCCACUUCUGCCUGGGCCGGGGGGCGGUGGACAUGGCGUGAGACCAGGCCGUGGCUGACGCCUUCGAGCGCUUAGGAGACGGGCAGUUCCAGCCUCCCCUGCGCUGGGAGGAGGUUGGUAAGAACCUCUUGGCCGUGGUGGUACAGGGGCCCCUCCUCCUCCUCCUCCUCAUGCUCUUGGCGACCACCUGCUGCCACGGUCAACCCCAGCUGAGGUCGCCGCCCCCCCCCCCCACCCCGGGGCAGGAGGAUGAGGAGGUGGCCGGUCGGGAGCGGGUGGCCCGAGGGGCCACCGAGGGGGACGUGCUGGUGUCGAGAGACCUGACCGAGGUGGGCGCAGUGCUGGGUUGGGGGCUCCCGCUGGCCCACCCACCCUCUCAGGGACCUGAACACCUCCCAGGCGUGCCGUGGGCAGAGGGACGCCAGCUGUCGAUCCCCCCUGGUGAGCUGAGAGUCCAGGGUGAAGGUCCUGAGGCAGGGGCAGUGAGGGGCUGCCCUACUGUGCGCCCACUGCCCUUUACUGAACAACUGAGCAUAGGUGGACAGUGGGGCAGGGAUCUGAGACUUUGCCGAGUGCCGUCUGCGGGGCACCCGCGGUGUUUCGGGCCAGUGGGAGUGAACGGAGCAGGGAAGACGUCCACGUUUCGCAAGCUGGCGGGGGACGCGCUGCCCGGUGGUGGUGAGGCUGUGCUGGCUGGCUACAGACGCCCCCCACCCGUCUCUUACCAUGGUGCUCCAGGGUGGCAUGGCCGGGAACCUUCCGCUGCGCACCACCACAGGGGCUAAUGCCCUCAGUCGGACGCUGUCUUCGAGCUGCUGGCCGGCCACCAGCACCUGGAACUCUUCGCCCGAAGCUCAGGUUCCCCAGUUUCGGACCCACCUGCGGGCACCUACAGUGGAGGCAACAAGAGGGAGCUGGCGACAGCCGUGGCGCUGCGGGGGGACCCGGCUGUGGUCUUUCUGGACGAGUCCACCACGGGCACGGACCGCGCUCCCGGCGCUUUCUCUGGAGUAGCCUCCCUCCCGGCCGUGGCGCGGGAGGGCCGCUCCGUGGUGCUUACCGCACACAGGUGGGUCCCCAGCGCCCGGGGCCCAGGGUCAAGGUGGGUCAGGCCCCAGCGGGAGGCCGUCAGAGCUGGAGCGGCCCCGACCUUUGGGAGGAGGGCACGCCGGGGACGCCCGGCCCCGCCCACCCACCCACCCGGGUUUGGCGCCGGCCACACGCUGACCCUGCGGCCCGCAGCGCGGUCCGAGUUGGCGGAGGCCUUCGAGGCGGCCGCGUUCCCGGGGGCCGCGCGCUUCCAGGUGCCGCCGGGAGGGCGCUGCGCCCUGGCUCGCGUCUUCGGAGAGCUGGCGUGGCGCGGGGAGGAGCGCGGCGUGCACUUCUCAGGGAGCCAGACCACGUUGGCGCGGGCGCCCCCCGCGCCUGGACGCGGCUGAGGAUAAGUGGGGCUGGGGGCCGGGCCGGGGGCUGACCGCCCCUCCGGCCGCCCUCCCCCAGGUGCUCCUGUACUUCUCCAAGGACCAGGGGGAAGAGGAGGGGGACGGGUAGGAGGCGGGAGUGGGGGCAGGCCUCGUGCCACGCCCACAGCACCCCGACUCCUCACUGGGCUCCUCGAGGACCCUAGCACCUCCUGUGUGGGGUUGCUGGGAGACUCCGGCAGCCCAGUCACAGGCUCUC